ACCCGAUGGGCCCCCUCCCGACGUGAUGGUCGGGUCGCCGCCACCGGCGGGUAGCCAGACCUCGUUUGGAGACAACGAUGACGAGGCGCUCUACGAUGCACUGGCGGCGACGAGCCAGCUCACGCCGCCGCUGCCGCUUCCGCCCUCCGCGAUGCGCGCGCCUGUCCACGGGGUAGAUGACGAAGGGCAGCGCGGCGAGGAGCCACCGCUGCAGUUGCAGGACGCUGGAAACGACAAACCAGAGCUCUACCUCGGCGUUCUCGAUACGCAAGGUGCCGAGGUAGUCCAGGUACCCGACUUAAGCUCGGCACCUCCCCGGAACGCUGCUGCCUCGUCGUCGUCGGCCAAGCGGGCCCGCGCCGACUUUGAGAGCGAAGUGGCCAGUGACGACGACUUUCCAGAUGAUGUCAACAAGAAGCCAUCGCCCGAAGCAAAGACGUACAUGGAGACAGACGCCUACAAGCCCAGCGCCUUUGGCGACUUUCGAUCGUACAUGAAGAACAAACGCCUCAAGCUCAAGGUACAGGAGGCUGCCAUCUCCGAGGACGAAGCACGAGCUGCUGCGGCUCUGGCUGCAGGCGCGUCCUCUCAAAGCAAGACUGCCCAAAGCGACACCUAUCCACCCUUGUUCAGAGGAACGUGCAUCUACAUCAACGGCCACACGAACCCGCCGUAUGCCGAGCUUCGGCGGAUGCUGCAACUCCACGGCGGCGAGCUGAUGCCGUACCUGGAUCAAAAGACGCCCGUGACGCACAUUGUGGCGUCGAACCUCACCGCCAAGAAGCGCAUCGAGUUUGAGCGCUACAAGGUCGUCAAGCCAGAGUGGGUGGUGAAGAGCGUGGAAGAGGGGAGGAGACUCGAUUGGAGGGAUUUCAGGUGCGAUGCAGAUGCGACCGGGGCGAUGAAAGCCGGUGCUCUUGCUCCACGGGAGGCAGUGGGGAUGAAGAGGACCAGGUCGGCAAGCGCAGCACAACAGAAGGACGUUGAGGAGGAGGAGCAGGAAGGGGAGGAUGAGAAGAAGAACAACGUGGCGACGGCGGGCCAGGAUUGGAGAUCGAUGGCCAAAACGGAAAACCCAGCCAUGUCCUUGUACAGGCACUCUGGUGCGGGUGCCGGUACAAACGGAGGCGGCGUGGGCCCAUGGGGAAAGGGCAGUCGUCAGAAGACACUGGCCGGUUGGGCAGAGAAGGCGCCAUCAACCUCACGGGCGAGUGCAGAGCCCGCAGCGAUGGACUCUACUCUUGCGCCACAGCGCGAGGAUCUUCGGGCCUCUUCUCAUCAUGAAGACACCCUGAUGGAGAACCAAGCACCAUCAGCUCCAGCGACAGCAAGAUUACAGGCCGAUGAAGAUAUUCCGAACAACGACGCCGCAACCAACGAGCUGCCGAGGUCGAUAGCGAAGCUCGAGACUUCUGUCGAAACCAAGCAUGACGGCCUUCGAUCGGUGAAUGUGGGACGCACAACCUCAAAGACUCCACUUACCGGUACGAAGGACAUAGAUCAGAUGCCCGAAGCACAUGCUCCCGACGCGAAGACAUUCCCCUCGCUCGGCACUGAUCCGCCGACCUGGGCAGCAGCCGUGGCGGCUGGGCACACUCACCCCUCGCAUCCCUACGCAAAGCAUCCUUCCAAUCGAAAGGCCGCCGAGCUGCUCUCGUCCCCGUCUUGGCGCCAACACAACACGGCGACUGGCGACAGCUUCUUGGCCGGCUUCUUUGAGAAGAGUCGGCUGCAUCACCUCAGCACCUGGAAGAGCGAGAUGAAGGAACUCGUCACGCAAGCCAUGAGAGAAGCGGGACGAGAGCAGGGGAGCUUGGACCUGCCGUCUGGGAUCAAGCGCUGCAUUAUGCAUGUCGAUUUCGACGCAUUCUUCGUCACCGUCGGCCUUCGCAAGCGCCCGGAUCUUGUCGACAAGCCUGUCGUUGUCUGCCACAAUUCCUCCGACUCGGCGGGCGAGAGCAGCACCUCGGAGAUUGCCUCCUGCAGCUACGAGGCCCGCAAGUCCGGCAUUCGCAACGGCAUGAGUCUGGGGCAGGCUCGGCGAAUGUGUCCGACGGUCCAGACGAUCCCUUAUGACUUUGCCGGCUACAACGACGUGGCUGUCAAGUUCUACGCGUUGAUGCUCGAGCAUGCCGAUGCCUUGGAGGCUGUAAGCAUCGACGAGGCACUCCUCGACGUCAGCAUGCUGCUGCACAACAUGCGUCAGGGGAAGGGAUUGAGCGAGUCAGGUGCCGCGCUUUUACAGGCGUAUCGUGGUCAUACAAGCAGCCAGGGUGAGGUCUGGACAGAGGAGAAGCAGCUCGCCGAGGCGCUCCGGGAUGAGAUUCGCACUAGGACAGGGUGUGAAGCCAGCAUCGGGAUCGGGGCAAACAUCCUCCAGGCACGGCUUGCGACGAGGAAGGCAAAACCUGGAGGCUCGUUUCAUCUCAGACCGGAAGACGUGCUCGACUUUACCGCUGCCCUUGACGUCGAUGAUCUGCACGGAAUCGGCUGGUCCAUGCGCAACAGGUUCAAAGAGCUCUUUGGCACUUACAAUGUUGGCAUGGCCCGUACCAAGGCCUCCAAGGCCCGAUUGACGGCUGAGCUGGGCGAAAAGAUGGGCGCGACAGUCUGGGAUAAGCUGCAUGGCCGGGAGAGGGAUCGCAUCGAAGCCGUCAAGCAAAGGCAGUCGUGUGGCGCCAAUGUCAACUACGCAAUUCGCUUUGAGACACAGGAGGAAGCAAAAGAUUUUGUGCGGAAAUUGUGCGAGGAAGUCAGCAGCCGGCUCAAAGCCAUUCGUCUCGCGGGGCGUCAGUGUGUCGUCAGCGUCAUGAUUCGAGCAGCUCAUGCACCCAUUGAGGCGCCCAAAUUUCUUGGGCACGGUCCUUGCGAUACACACAGUCGUAGCUGUCCAGUUCGGGGACCUGGCGGUGCGGCAGUCGAUGAUGCCGAAACGAUCUUCAAGGCGGCCUGGCCACUCAUCAAGAGCCUCAACGCGCCACCAGAUCAGCUGCGUGGGCUCGGUGUUACAUUGCAGAAGCUUUCACCGAAGGAAGGCAAGGUCACCGCGAAGCCAGAAGCAGGGCAAUCACGUCUCGUGUUUGGUCAGCCAGAACCUAAGCUUUCGAAGAGGGACGAUGAAGAGCAGAGCACUGACAGAGCCAAUGUGAGCGAGAGGAAGUCGAAGCAAGAUACCUUGCCUAUCUCGACAGCGCUGCACACCUCUGAAUAUGACGACGAUGAAGACGACAUGAGCGCCUCAGAAGAACUAGUGCCGGGAUCUUCUGAUCAACUACCGCGAAGACGGUCCGUCACGCCAGAGCCGCCGCCACGACCACCUGCUUCGACGCAGUUUGUCAUCCCACCAGCUUCGCAACUGGACAGCGAAGUCAUCGCUGCCCUUCCGGCGCACAUUCAGGCCCAAAUUUCUGCAGCUAGACAUCAGAAUAAAUUACCUUCACUCGCCGCAGAGACGACCAGCAAAAAUGCUGCUGCUGCUGCAUCGAAACUCUCGCCCUCUCCCGCCAAGGCAUCAUCAACAACAACGACGCCGACGAAAGUUAACCCUUUCACGACACUCAUGAAACGUGCAGCCUCUGCGACGCCAUCAAAGCGCGAUCGAGACGGGCCGGCGAGCCAGCAAAAGCUGCUACAGCAGGCAGCGGAAUCGAGGUCGGACUUUGUCGCCGCGACUUUCUCGCAGAUUGAUCCGGCCGUGCUGCAAGAGCUUCCGGAGUCGAUGCGGAAAGAAAUCAUGAGGGACCUCGGCAGAGAGAGGGAAGCUUCUUCGUCGCCGUUGGACAAUAAGAGAUCGCUGUCCGAGUCGCCAAGGAGGAGGGGAGGAUUGCUUCAGCAGCAAAGGCUUUUUGAAAGGGCAGUGUUGAACGAUGCGUCGGGCUCCCAUCGGCCAGGGCAACAAGUGCAGCAGCAGCCGGGUCGCCUCCGCGCGAUGGAGCUCGCAACGUCGACGAGCCUUCACGGCCAGUCGACCACGCUCCUCUCUCCUUCGUCGCCUCGCCUGCGAGAUCCAUCAGCAGUCUCUCGGGCCGAGCUGCAUGACCUCGGAAUUGACGCAGACUUCUACGCGGCGCUUCCGCGCGAGGUCCAGGCGGAGAUGAUUGCCGAGCAGCGAAGUAGAGUGGCCAGAUUCAAGGGCGGGAAACAAGCGAGGGAAAGGACGUUGAUGGAGGAGCGCAGAGCUGCGAUGGAGGUCGCUAGUCGCACGUCGGACGCUGCGGCACUCGAGUACGAUUGGGAGCCGCUGCUGAAGGCCAAAGGCCCGAAAGAGCUUCCCUCUCUGAAGGGAGCCACGAGUCUGGAGGAUGUGAGGGGCAUGGUGCGGGCGUGGUACAAACGUUAUGGCAAGAGCGGGCCACGACUUGCAGACGUUGGCAGGUUUCGCAGCUUUUUGGGCGCCUGCGAUGAUCUCAUGGUUGGUGAUAUUCUGAGCUAUUUGAAAAGGAUCACUGUGGAAGGCGAUGCGGCAGACUGGAACGAGCUGGUUGGUGUGAUUGCCAAGGAGCGCAGACUGAAGCUCUCGUGAGCAAGCUUUGUACUGUAUCAUAGAAUGUGCUAGAUCUU